AUGGCCACCUUACUCCACCUUAAGCAAUGUGUUGGGGCAAUGGAAACCGCAGGAACAGGAUCGAUGCUGAACAUGGAGGAAAGCACGAAGAGACGCCCUUUCUUUAGCUCGCCGGAAGAACUCAUGGAUGAAGAAUAUUACGACGAACAGCUUCCAGAAAAGAAACGACGCCUUACCUCUGAGCAGGUUCACCUCUUGGAGAAGAGCUUCGAAACAGAGAACAAGUUGGAGCCAGAGAGGAAGACACAGCUUGCGAAGAAGCUCGGUCUGCAACCGAGGCAGGUUGUUGUGUGGUUUCAGAACCGCAGGGCUCGUUGGAAGACGAAGCAGCUCGAGAGAGAUUAUGAUGUUCUCAAGUCAUCUUACGAAUCCCUUCUCUCCGAUUACGAAUCCAUGCUUAAGGAGGAAGAUAAGCUCAAAGUUGAGGUAUAUUCUCGCUUUGCUCAAAGCUCAAAGCUCAAAGCUCAAAGCGAGGAGAGGACAGAGAUGCUGCAACUUGGAGAGGACAGAGAUGAGCGGCUGAGGUUAUAA